ACUGGAGGUCGCGAGCACGUUGCUAGUGGGCGCGGCUGGCGGGGCCGGGGGCGGUAGGGGGCUAGCGUCCGGCUGAGCCCGGCGGGUUCCUGCACGCGGACCCACGCUCUGUCGGGCUGCUCUGCUGAGUGACACCGCCGUGGCAUCCGAGGAGCUGUGGUCCAGCCUGCGCGGCGGGAAGCGGCGGCGGCGGCUCCAGCGUCCUAAGAGAAGCUGAAACCUAUCAACACUCUUCAAAAUGCAAUGGAAUGUACCACGGACUGUAUCUCGACUGGCACGCAGGACAUGCUUGGAACCACAUAAUGCUGGUCUCUUUGGACACUGUCAAAAUGUAAAGGGACCUUUACUUUUAUACAAUGCUGAAUCCAAAGUGGUUUUGGUACAAGGCCCUCAAAAACAAUGGUUGCAUUUAUCUGCUGCCCAGUGUGUUGCAAAGGAAAGGAGGCCAUUGGAUGCUCAUCCACCCCAACCAGGAGUCCUUCGCCAUAAGCAAGGGAAGCAACAUGUUUCAUUCAGGAGGGUUUUUUCAUCCAGUGCCACAGCUCAGGGAACUCCGGAAAAAAAGGAAGAGCCUGAUCCUUUGCAAGACAAAUCUAUUAGUCUUUAUCAACGAUUCAAGAAGACAUUUAGACAGUAUGGAAAAGUUCUGAUUCCAGUGCAUCUGAUAACUUCUGGUGUUUGGUUUGGAACAUUUUAUUAUGCAGCCUUGAAAGGAGUGAAUGUCGUUCCUUUUCUAGAACUCAUUGGGUUACCUGACAGUGUGGUAAGCAUCCUGAAAAACUCCCAGAGUGGAAAUGCCCUCACAGCAUAUGCCUUGUUUAAGAUUGCAACACCUGCUCGGUAUACCGUGACUUUGGGAGGAACAUCUGUCACUGUGAAGUAUCUGCGCAGUCAUGGCUACAUGUCCACGCCGCCACCCGUCAAGGAGUAUCUGCAGGACAGGAUGGAAGAGACAAAGGAGCUUAUCACAGAGAAAAUGGAAGAAACAAAAGAUAGACUCACUGAAAAGUUACAAGAAACCAAAGAAAAAGUUUCCUUUAAGAAAAAAGUGGAAUAAGGUGCCUUAUAUAGCAGUAUAGAAAAUUCCUGCACUUUAACCCUUUGGAAACUAUGGGCAAAGAUACAUGUGUCUGAUUAUUUUUUUGGUUAGUUGCCAAGAUAUACUAGUUCUCUGAGGGUUAAAGAAGUAAAAUACCUUUUUAAAGUUAAAUAUCACUAGAAAAAUCAGUGUUAUUACAAGGGAAGAAAUGAACCCAGUGUAAGAAUUUGCCAUCAGUAGCAGUAUUAAGCAGUGGUUAAUGUCUUAGAAGUCAGACUUCUUUUUCAAGGUCUUCAGAACCACACUUGAUUUCUGUUUUGUUGCAGCUGUAAUUGUCACACACUAGGCAGCUGACUCCUUGAAUAUCCAGUGUGACCCAUAAAAUAGUCUGUUAAUACCGGAUCUUAAUUUUUAUGUUAUUCAUUAAGAUUUUAACUAUAUUCAGUACGUAAUUUGGAGACAAACUAGCAUCAUCAAAACUGCCUGUAAAUAAGAAGGUGUUUAGUCUUUCUAUAAAAACAGAAUAGAGCAGUUACCUACCAGUUAAAAUAUCUUAUAUGAAGAAAAUAGAAUAAAGAUUCAGUCAUAUAUGUAAAUAAGAUGUAUUGAUUGUACGUAAAUGAAAAAUGGACCCUUUAAAAAUUAUUUUUACCUGAAGCUUGUCAUAAUUUUUUUAAAGCAAAUAUAUAUAUGGUGAUGGUACUUUUCAAAGUGUGUAUUAGUGGUGAUCACCUCAAACAUAAACCUCUGUUGUGAA